GAUGGUCCUUCUUUGACCAGGAGGCUGAACUAGAUGAUCUGAAGGCCCUUCCAACCCUCAUUUUCUAUAAUUCAGUUAACACCAUCACCACUCUUCCAGCCACAAAAUAUCUGGCCCUGUGGAGAGCCUCACAGGCCAGAUUCAGAGCAUGAAGCAGUGUCAUCUGGAAAUUUGGUGGCAAGAGGAGGGGGCAGAAAUUAACACUGCCAUUGCCAAAUUACCAGCCUGCGGGCUGAUUCCCUGCUUUGGGUUCAGCCCAUGGGGCCAGGUGGGUUUGACAUCCCUGUUCUCUGCUUGUGUCUGAAUGCUCUUGUUCUGGUUCUGUUUUCCUAAAGUUGAUACACUUGUUCAAACGUGAGAUGUUCUAAACAUUUUAUUCGAAUCUGAGUGGGGCUCUGUCUUAUGGCUUAUGUUUGUUCAUUUUUCUAGAAAACGUGAUGUCAUGCAGAAUAUUAUGCAAAUAUUGGAAUCGGUCCAGUUAAAAUGGGAGCUGUUUCAGAGCUGGACAGACUUCUCCAGGCUGCACCUUUCUAACAAACUGGCCAUUUUUGGCAUUGGUUAUAACACACGCUGGAAGGAGGAUAUUCGUUACCACUAUGCCGAGAUCAGUUCUCAGGUGCCUCUCGGCAAACGGCUUCGAGAAUAUUUCAAUUCAGAGAAGCCAGAGGGCAGGGUCAUUAUGACCAGAGUACAGAAAAUGAACUGGAAAAAUGUUUACUAUAAAUUCCUAGAGAUUACGAUUAGUGAAGCAAGAUGCCUGGAGCUGCACAUGGAGAUUGACUGGAUACCUAUAGCUCACUCCAAGCCAACUGGAGGAAACGUUGUUCAGUAUUUAUUACCAGGGGGGAUUCCCAAAAGCCCUGGUUUGUAUGCUAUUGGUUAUGAAGAGUGCCAUGAUAAACCCCAAUCACCUGUUGCAGACCGCAGAGGCCAAGAUCCUGGCAAAGAGACUCAAGGGGAGACAGAUGUCCCUUCACCACAGGCCUCUCUCAGGGUGGAUAUGGAGUCCACCAGAAUUAUCUAUUGUUACCUUGGCAUUGCUGAGGUAAGAACUCUCCAGCAGUGCUUGUUUUUACAUUUUCAGGCAAACACCAAAACCUUCAGUAAAGAGUGGGUUGGGAUCAAUGGAUUUUUAUCUCAGAACUGCAUCGUAGACCCUGGUGUGUCGCCUAAAUCCAUCUACAUAAAAUUUGUGGAAGUGGAGAGGGAUUUUCUUUCUGCUGGCUCUUUGGUAGAGUGCCUGGAAAAAGCCAUUGGAUACCCAUUAAGGUUUAACAACUGAAUCUCAUCCUUCAUAAGGAUUAGGGCUCCUGUUUCCUUUCACUGUUGCUCGCAAACAAGUGGAUCCUAUCUGUUCACAGUUGGGCAAGUCAGACUUUCAAAGUGAAAUGAACUUCAAAGUGAAAGAUGCUUGCAUGUGAUCACAAAAACUUGUCCUGAGCAAGUAAACUGUACAGCUUGGCAGGCCAAUUAGUUUUAUAACGAGAAGAGUAAGGAGGAAAGCCCUGUAAACAAAAUGACUGUAGGUACAUUCCACAUUGGACAGAGCUUUUACUUUGCGUUUCAUAUGAAAAUCUGUUUUUCCACAAUGUUUCAUUUUUACACAUCUUGUCUCUAUAUAAGUGUUAUUACAGAUCUGAAUAAAUAAGCAAUAGAUAAUGGCAAGUUAAACUGAGUCUCAUUAAAUGAGACUUUCAAUGCCACCCUUAGCUACUAUUGUAUAUAAUUUAGAGUUUCACUUUUUUCACCCAUCAGAAGUGUUUUACUAUUUCCAAACAGUGUUGCCUGCAAAGACUUUUGUUUCUGUGAUGUAUCCCACUUUUUUACUAGUAGUGUUGCCAUAUCAGCUUUUUUUAACAUUAAAAUAACUCCUGGCCUUUUUAAGUUCUAGCUAGCCUCUUUGUGGCAGUGAGAAUAACCUGACAGUUGGGAAACAUUUUGUCAAACCAUGCUUAUCAAUACAAUCAAAGCUGUGAG